AUGGAAAUUAAAGAUAGACACAAGGGAGAGGGAAAUUCAAGUGAUAUGAACACUUUGACUCUUUCAGACAAGAUUGGGUUUGCUUCAGCUGCUGUUACAACAUUUCAGAUAAGUGAGCCUCGAAUCAAACGAGAGCCGUCUGCAUGCUGUGCUCGGCUGGCCCUUGCCAUCUACCUGCUGCUCCUGACAGCUGGCCAAGCACUGUUGGCAUACAAAGUGUUUAAGAUGCAGGGAGAUAUGUCAAAAAAUCAAGGAAAAAAUGCAUCCUACCUGGAAGAAAUAUUGAAAAGCUCCUCUGCAGAAAAACUUACUUUGGAGAAGAACUACAUAGAGAGGGAUGUGAGACCUGAAGAAAAUUGGAUGAGAAGCAUAGAAGAGGAAAUCAACAUAAUUAAAAAUGGCAAUGAAAACUUGAUGAUGAUGAUGAACAACAUCACCCUGGCUGCAGGGCCCCCUGGAAGCAAAGGAGAUCCUGGUCCACCAGGGCCAAAAGGGCCACCGGGGAUGAAAGGAGACAAAGGAAUCCAAGGCUUGCAAGGACUUCAGGGUGUAAAGGGAAGUAAAGGAGACUCUGGUCCUGCUGGCCCACAUGGUGAACCAGGAAUAAGAGGAGAAAAAGGAGAGAUGGGUGUUGCAGGUCUCCAAGGACAGAAAGGUGAAACUGGUGAGAAGGGAGAUCCUGGGCCCCGUGGACCUAGAGGCCCCGAGGGAGAUCGAGGAGCUGCAGGACUGCCAGGUUUCAAUGGUAGCAUGGGGGAGCGUGGACCUCCUGGGCAAAAAGGAGAGGCAGGUUUAACUGGAGAGCGUGGCCCCUCAGGAACUCCUGGCUUCCCUGGCAGACCUGGUCAGAAAGGGGAGAAGGGAGACCAAGGGCUCAGUGGCAGUCCAGGAAUUGCAGGCGAGAGGGGACUUAAAGGUGAAAAGGGAGACAAUGGAAUGGCAGGUGCACCAGGGCCAAAAGGAACAAAAGGAGAUGAAGGCUCACGAGGUAGUCCAGGCCCAACGGGUGAAAAAGGAAGGAAGGGGGAUUAUGGUAGUCCUGGUCCAAAAGGAGCACCAGGGGCCAAAGGAGCCAAAGGAGAUACUGGACAUACUGGUCCUCCAGGAUUGAAAGGGAGCAAAGGUGAAAAGGGAGAAGGCCACUUCAGUCAUCUUAUACGAAUCGCUGGAGGGGGCACGAAGGGUCGUGUGGAAAUCCUUCACGACGGCUCCUGGGGAACAAUAUGUGAUGACGAUUGGGACACCAAAGAUGCCACUGUGGUCUGCCGCAUGCUGGGAUAUAGUUAUGCAGUUAGAACCUUCACAGCUGAUGCAGGCACUGGAGAAAUUUGGCUUGAUAAUGUGAACUGCAGAGGGAGUGAACAUUCAAUUUUCGAAUGUGCAAAACCAGUCUGGGGUUUGCACAACUGCUCACACAAUGAGGAUGCUGGAGUGGAGUGUGCUUGAUGGGGCUUGGGAACUGCCCUUGCAAAUCACUGCCUGGUCUGCGCUGUACAUGGUUCUGCUGUUUCUCUGUGCUUAUGA